GCCCUGCUGCCUGCUGGUUGUUGCAGAUAAAAUUAAAAUUAUUUUUAUAAAAAAAAAAGAAGAAGAGGAAAUAUUCUUCUUCACCUUUCAUAUUUCCCCUUCUUUUUUUUUAAAUUAUUAAUAAAAAAAGAUCUUUAUUUUGAGCUCAUUUAAUUUAAUUAAGUCCUUUCUUUGAUUUACAACAAUAACAGCACAGAAAGAAAAAAAAAAGCAACCUUUUUUUCUUCAUCAUCAUCAUCAUCAUCAUCUGAUAGAUCUUCCUGCAGAGAAAAACAAUGAUGUCUGGGGAUGUCUUCUCUAUCCCUUCUUGUCUCAAACCCAUUCUUCUUCCCGAUCCUCAAGACCCAAACCCUAAGCCCAAUCCUCCAUCCAAGAGGAGAAGAAAUCUCCCAGGCACUCCAGAUCCAGAUGCGGAGGUGAUAGCGCUGUCCCCGAAGAGUCUGAUGGCGACAAACAGAUUCGUGUGCGAAAUCUGCAACAAAGGGUUCCAGAGGGACCAGAACCUGCAGCUCCACCGGAGGGGCCACAAUCUGCCGUGGAAGCUGAAGCAGAGGGCGAGGCCGCCGGAGGUGGUGAGGAGGAAGGUGUACAUAUGCCCCGAGAAGAGCUGCGUCCACCACGAGCCCUCCCGCGCCCUGGGCGACCUCACCGGCAUCAAGAAACACUUCAGCCGCAAGCACGGCGAGAAGAAGUGGAAGUGCGACAAGUGCUCCAAGAAGUACGCCGUUCACUCCGACUGGAAGGCCCAUUCCAAGACUUGUGGCACCAGAGAGUACAAAUGUGAUUGUGGCACACUGUUUUCCAGGAAAGAUAGCUUUAUUACACAUAGAGCUUUCUGUGAUGCUUUGGCGGAAGAGAGUGCAAGGAUCACUUCUGUCGCUGCAAAUUCUAUGAGCUUCAGAAAUGGCAAUGAGAGUUUCCUGAAUUUGCCCCCCGGAAUCCCACACUUUCCGGCCAGAUUCCAGCCGGAUUUCCCCCAGAAACCGCCAAGGCCGUCUCUGUGGCUAGACAAUGCGGUGAAUAAUAAUAAUAGUAAUAAUAAUAAUUCUCACCACCACCACCACCACCUUACCGGUCCGGAUCUUCAUCAGAUGUCUGGAAAAAUUUUCGGGGGGAUUAGCUCCGGCGGGCUGCCGGAUAUGUUGCACAUGGAUGAUUCUCCGGCCACCAUCAUGUACCCCCCACCGCCAUCUUCGAUUGAGAAUUUCGGGACCGCGAAUCUGUCGUUGGCUUCUCUCCCCCGGCAACACGAUCAGGGCGGUGGAGGGGGAGGAGAGAUGGUGGCGGAAACGUUGAACUCGAUGUACUCUUCGCGGGCCCCUAUGUCGGCCACGGCUCUCCUCCAGAGAGCGGCCCAGAUCGGGUCAACGAAGAGCAACCCGGCGUUCUUCGGGAACGGAUUCGGGCUCAUGACCUCCGCCUCGUCGUCCUCGUCGAACAACAACUUGCCGGGCUUCAUCCGCGGGAAUGAGAGCGGGGCGGAGCACUCGUCGCCGUGCUUGAUGCAAGGCCGCCGCCAACACCACCACGGCGGCGGGGUGUCGUCGUUAUUGAGCGCCGGCGUCAACUUGACGAGGGAUUUCUUGGGGAUGGGGAACGAAGGGGGGCGGCCAUUUAUGGACGAUGAGGAGCUUGCCAAGUUUGCAUCUUCCAUGGGUUCAUCAGCAGGCGCCAUGGAUUUGGGCACCCAUUUCGGAACUGAUGAUGCUGAUGAUCAUCAUCUUCUUCUUCAUCAUCAUCACCAUUAGCGAGCUCAUCAAUAUCUGGUGGUUUAGUACAGUGCAAUGUCAUAUUAGGCGUUAAUUUAAUGAAUCGGUACAAAAUUAAAUUCUAAGUUGUUUC